CGAGGACGCCUGGCCGGACGACCCGUCGGGCCUCGCGGAGGGGGCGGAUCCUCUCGUUGUUGCCGAGUCCCUGCGCGAGCUGGGUAACCAGCGGUUCCGCGAGGGCCGGCACAAGGAGGCGGUGAGAGUCUACGAGAAGGCGAGGUCCUUCCUGCCAGCUGGAGCGCCGCCCGCGCCCGACGCUGGGGGCGACGACCGGGCCGCCCUGGCUCGGGCCUGCUCCGUGGCCGUGAUGUCAAACGCCGCGAUGUGCAGGUUAAAGAUGGACGAGCACGACGCCUGCGUCAGGCUCUGCGACAGCGUGCUGUCGCUUGACCCGCGGAACGCAAAGGCGUUUUUUCGAAAGGCGCUCGCUCUGCGAGCUCUGGACGACGAUGAUGGGGCAGAGGUCGCGCUCAGGCAGGCUGCCGACCUGGCCCCCGAAGACGCGGCCGUCCGCAGGGAACUUGCGGAGGUCGCGAGUCGCCGGCGGAGGGAGAAGGAGGGCGAGAAGCGCCUGGCGCAGAAGAUGUUCGGGUAGGGCCAGCGGCGGGCGGAGGAGGACGGGGAUUGGAAGAGCAAGACGAGGAGACACUGAAGCUCGCCGGUAGCCGCGCUGACCCCGAUGCAUCGCUGGCAAGUGGCGCGACCGCU